UACUGGAUUCAAAUUUUUCAUGAGUUUUUAGGAUUGAAAAUUUAACCUAAUGGAUAUUAUUAGCGUACAGGAGUAUCCGAGGAAGAGAUGUGCUCCGUCGUCACCUCUUGAAGACUCCAUCCUUCUUCAACAACCGAAAAGAAGUUGCUCGUCUGAGUAUUACUUGCAUGAGAUGUCGAACUGCUAUAGAACACAUGAGAUAUUUGCCGAUGGUAGCAUGCCUACCUUAGCAAAGAAGACAGUUAGUCAACCUAACGAAGAACGAAUGGAUUGUUCUGAUAGCAAUAUCCAAUCAGAAAAUAAUGAUAAUACUUAUAUGUCCAAGAAACAUGUGGAAUUGAGUAAAGAUGACAGGCCACAAGAGCAGGAGAAGCCAAUCCCUAACUUAUAUGUAGCAAGCUCCUUCAGAAGAAGUCCUGUUAAGUGUAGUCGCUGUUGUGCAGGAGAAUCUGCCCACUUUAGCCAUCUGAAAUCUUGAAUGGUUACCAGGGAGACUUGACACAGACAUGUGAUAUACAUGCAGAUAGUUUUAUUUAUUUGUUUAAUACGUGAAUUAUUAAUUUUUGAUACAUUUUUGAUGAUGAUGAAGGUGAUGAUGAUUGCAUGGUGGUGAUAGUAAUGAUGUCAUGAUGAUGGUGAUGAUGGUGAUG